CUCUCCACUUUCAAUAUUGGCGUUUUCUUUCCUCUAAUUAUGCUCAAAGCCAGAGGGUAGAUAUGCUAGAGAAAGGUGAAAAGUUCACAGCUUGAGUUCAUGGGAAUUGAAUGGUUUUUCUAAUAAAUCUCACGAAUUGUGCGUGAAAACAAAAGGGCAGCCUCCGUUUCUGUGUAGGAAGGAGCCCUUUUCCCUGUGUGCUCACAAUUUGCCAAAAAGCUGUCUUUUAGACGGAAAGGGUACUAAAAUUUGACAAAAGAAAGAGCCUUGAAGCGCACGUCCCCCUCGACCCUCUUCUUUUUCUUUACUACCUUUCAUCUGGGCACCCCAAAGAGAGGCAUCUUGAAUACCGAGGAGGAUGAUGAAUAGGUGAUGUACCGUUCCUUUUUUUGGCAAUAAUGGAGCCUUUUUUUUUUUGCUGUUUAUGGGAAAAAUGAGAUGCGGGUUUUGAUUAUGGGAUGCGUUGAAGGUGUUGGGGGGUUUGGAUUGUAGGUGGGUCGUGGGUUUGAGAUGAAGCAGAAGGGGGUUUCGAAUUUGGUGGGGAAAGUGGUGGUGGUUGCCGUUAGAGCUUCGAAGGAAAUUCCGAGGACAGCUCUUGUUUGGGCCUUGACUCAUGUUGCUCAGCCUGGGGAUUGCAUUAAGCUAAUUGUGGUCGUUCCUGCCUACUCUUCAAGUAGAAGGAUAUGGGGGUUGUCAAGGUUUACCAGUGAUUGCACCACUGGUCAUUGGAGGUCUCUUUCAGGAGCUAGUUCAGAUCACAAAGAUGAUAUUACAGAUUCAUGCUCCCAUAUGAUGCUUCAGUUGAAUGAUGUUUAUGACCCAGAGAAGGUUAAAGUCAGGGUAAAGAUAGUUUCUAGCUCACCAUGCGGGGUGGUGGCUGCUGAAGCCAAGAAAGUUCAAUCAAAUUGGGUCAUAUUGGACAAACAUUUAAAACAUGAGAAGAAAUUCUGCUUGGAAGAAUUGCAAUGCAAUCUUGUGGUGAUGAAACGUUCUCAGGCAAAGGUUCUUCGAUUGAAUUUGGUUGAAUCAUCACCAAGGAUGGCAUCUGAAGUGGCUUGGCCACUAUCAUUUGAAUCAGAAGCUUCUCUGAAACACAAGCAAAUCAAUCAUGACCAGUCAGAUGCAAUUAGAGGGCCAUUUGUGACUCCUGCAAGUAGUCCAGAGCAUGACUCAUCAGUGACCACCACUGACAUUGGAACUUCAUCAAUAUCAAGCUCUGAUCCAGGGGCUUCUCCUUGUCUCCUUGCUGGGAUAUAUGAAAGCUUGAAGAAGGAGCCUACCUUCAUUCCUAAAGAUAAUCAAAGUUUAUUUGAAUAUGAUUCUGACACUUCUAGUGAAAGGCUAGGUCCUUCCACUGGAUCAUUUUUCCAGCCAUGGAUGGCUGACAUUCUGAGUCCUAGCAAUUAUUCAAGAUACCUUAGAAAGGGUUUAGAAAGACCAAAUUAUACAUAUAGCUUUUUGUUGGAGAAAUUUUCAGUAUUGAGUCGAGAACCUGAUAUUGGAAUCAAUUAUAGGCUUGAUCAAAACAUGCGCAAAAGUGUGAGAGAAGCUAUUUCAUUUUCCAAAAAUGCACCUGCUGGCCCUCCUCCAUUGUGUUCAAUAUGUCAGCACAAGGCCCCUGUAUUUGGGAAUCCUCCAAGAUGGUUCUCCUAUGCUGAACUGGAACUUGCAACAGAUGAAUUUUCGCAAGCAAAUUUCUUGGCUGAAGGUGGAUUUGGUUCUGUUCAUAAAGGGAUCUUGCCAGAUGGCCAGGUCAUUGCUGUUAAGCAAUAUAAACUGGCUAGUCAUCAAGGUGAUCAAGAAUUUUGCUCAGAAGUUGAGGUUUUAAGUUGUGCACAGCAUCGCAAUGUUGUGAUGCUCAUUGGAUUCUGCAUUGAGGAUGGGAAAAGAUUGCUAGUUUAUGAGUAUAUUUGCAAUGGAUCUUUGGAUUCUCAUCUUUAUGGAAAAAAUCGUAAACCAUUGGAAUGGUCUGCACGACAAAAAAUUGCUGUUGGAGCAGCUCGAGGUUUGAGAUACCUUCAUGAAGAAUGCAGAGUUGGUUGCAUUGUCCACCGUGAUAUGCGGCCUAACAAUAUCCUUGUCACCCAUGAUUUUGAACCUCUUGUUGGGGAUUUUGGAUUGGCAAGGUGGCAGCCAAAUGGUGAUUUGGGAGUUGAAACUAGGGUGAUUGGAACAUUUGGGUAUUUAGCACCUGAGUAUGCUCAAAGUGGCCAAAUAACAGAGAAGGCUGAUGUUUACUCAUUAGGUGUGGUAUUGAUAGAGCUGAUUACUGGACGGAAAGCUAUGGAUCUAAACAGGCCCAAGGGACAGCAGUGUCUCACUGAAUGGGCACGCCCUUUGCUAGAAAGACGCGCCAUUCAUGAACUGAUUGAUCCACGGUUAGGAAACUGCUACUCGGAGCAAGAGAUUUAUAACAUGCUGCAGUGUGCCUCCUUGUGCAUUAGGCGUGACCCUAAUUCAAGGCCUCGUAUGUCUCAGGUGCUUCGGAUGUUGGAAGGGGAUAUCGUUAUGAAUUGAGCCAUUGAUGUAUGCGUUUAAAGAAGUAUAAGAAGCAGAUGAAGAGAACAGCAAACUGCCUUAAUCCAAGCUUGAUUGGAGCAGGAGAAGGAUUUAAUAGCAGCCACCUUGUAGCAUAAGAAGGGCCCAUUGGAAAAGAUUAUUUGUAAACAAUGAACAACAUCGCAUUCUUGUGUUGGGUAUAGAUUUAGCUCUAGAAGUUGAAAGCUGUAAAUUGCAACAUUUUUCCUUUUACCUAAUUUUUGUAGAUUUAGGCUUGAUUUGGCAGUACUGAGUUUCUUUUGUAUUUUUACUAUUAAAAAUAUAUAAAAAGUUAGUUGAAAU